AUGGGCGCCUCGCCGGCGGUGGCUGGCGUCGACCCGAUGCGCCCCUCGCCUGCUCAAGCGCAGCUCAAGAAGGUCAAGAAGCAGAAGGUGCUGCUCAUGGGGAAGAGCGGGUCCGGGAAGUCCAGUAUGCGCAGCAUCAUCUUCAGCAACUACCUGGCCCGAGACACCCGGCGACUGGGCGCCACGAUCGACAUUGACCUGUCCCACGUGAAGUUCCUGGGAAACCUGACGUUGAACCUGUGGGACUGCGGUGGCCAGGAAGCGUUCAUGGAGAACUACCUCUCCCAGCAGCGCGCCCACGUCUUCAGCAACGUCGGCGUGCUCAUCUACGUCUUCGACAUUGAGAGCCGCGACAUCGAGCGCGACCUGGCCACCUACGUCAACAUCAUCAGCGCCCUCAUCCAGUACUCGCGCGAGGCCAAGGUCUUUGUGCUCAUCCACAAGAUGGACCUCAUCCAGCCAAUGACGCGCGAGGACGUCUUUGAGCACCGCGCCGCCCUCGUCCGUCGUAAGACGAGCGAGGCCCUCGCCAUCAUGCACAAGCAAAGACCCGAACUGGGCGCCGGCGGUCAACAACAACAACAACAACAACAACAGGAGCAGCAGCAACAACAACAACAACAACAGACAUCCCCUUCCCCCUCCGCCUCCACCCAGCUAGAACCACCAAUCAGCCUCCAGCUGUUCGCCACCUCCAUCUGGGACCAGUCCCUGUACAAAGCCUGGGCGUCCAUCAUCCACGACCUGGUGCCCAACCUGGCGGUGAUCGAGACGCAGCUGGCGUCGCUGGGGCUGGCGAUCGACGCCGACGAGAUCCUCCUGUUCGAGCGGACCUCGUUCCUGGUCGUCUCGCGCUGGACGUCGGCCGAGGGGGAGCGGAACCCGUACGGGGACCGGUUCGAGCGCAUGAGCAACAUCCUCAAGAGCUGGAAGCACACGUGCUCCAAGUACACGGGCACGCCGCGCAACGCCGAGCAGUUCUCCGACUUCGAGUACAAGAUGGGCGCCACCUUCAGCAUGUUCGCCACCAAGUUCACCACAAACACCUACAUCCUCGUCUGCAUGCCCCCCGGCGAGGCCCGCUUCAACAGCGCCAAGCUCAACGUCGCCGCCGCCCGCCCCUGGUUCAGGUUCCUCGACGGGCCCGUCGUCGCGCCGCAGCAGGUGGCCACCACCACCACCGGAGCGCCCGCCCCGGUCGGAGGAGUCCCGUCGAGCUACGGGGCGGAGGCGGCAGUGGGGGCCCAGGAGAGCUGA